AUGGCAUAUGCCGAUGAUAUAGUACUGAUGGACGAAUCUCAAGAUGGAGUUAAACGGCUCUGUGGCAGACUAAAUGACGCAGCACAGAAAGUAGGACUACAAAUUAAUGAACAAAAAACUGAAUAUAUGAUUAUAGGUAGACAAAAUUGGAUGGAUCAAGUUUUGGAGGUAGAUCAUUUUAAAUUUAAGAGAGUGAAUUCUUUCAAAUAUCUUGGCUCAAUUGUGACUGAAAAAAAUGAUAUCACCAAGGAAGUAGCCGCGAGAAUCCAAGCGGGAAACAGGAAUUAUUAUGGUUUGGAGAAACUAUUAAGUUCUAGAUCAUUAUCAAGAGAGAUAAAGAGACGUUUGUAUACUAGUCUAAUACGGCCAGUGAUAUUGUACGGAUCGGAAACAUGGGCACUAAGGAAAUCAGAUGAGAAUAAGUUCUUAAUACUAGAAAGGAGAAUAUUACGAAAGAUAUUCGGCCCAAUAAAAGAUAACAUCACAGGAGAGUGGAGAAGAAGAAAAAACAUAGAGCUACAAGAAAUUUUUAAUGAAAAUAACAUAGCAGAGACGAUCAAGAAAAAAAGAUUGCGGUGGGCAGGACAUGCAAUCCGAAGCCAGAACUCUUUACUAAGAAUGGUUCUAGAACAGAAUCCAGUAGGAAAAAGGCCCUUGGGAAGACCAAAAUUGAGAUGGGAAGAUUUAGUUAAGAGAGAUAUAGAAGACUUAGGAGGCGGAGCAAACUGGAAGGAUUUGGCGAUGCCUGGAGAAUUGGUUGUGAGACGGGAUGGUCCUAGCGGCCGAUUAACCCAAGAAGAAGAAGAAGAAGAAGAAGAAGGAGAACUGCUGGAUUUCAAUAUUCAUUAG